UUCCCUGGGCUAUCCCCCACUGGAAGCUCCGGAGGCGCUAUUACAUCCGGCGCCACCAGAACCCAGCCCCGCAUUUAGCGCCCUCCCCUGCGCGCAGGCGCAGAGCGGUCCGCGCCGGCUGGAGGCGCCGCCGCUCCGCCCCUAUGUCCGGCAGCGGGAGAUUGGAGCGCUGGCGCUGAAACUAUUUAUCUUGAGAUGGAAGAAGCAGAGCUUGAUAAAUUGCCAUCUUCGUGCCAUACUCCAAAGGAUUCUGGGACAGUGCCUCUGAAGAGGACUAGUUCAGGGAAACAGCCAAUGAGUGCAGCUCUGAGGGAGCGCUUAAGGAAAAGCAGGCGUUCAUUUAAUGCUAAUUUUGUGGUCCCAAAGCGACUCAAAAUAGAUGCUGAAGAAAAAGACUCUGCUGAUAUUGACAAAGGGUGCCUGCAAAAGGCAAGUAUAGAUUGUUCCACAUUACAGGACAGUUCUGAAAAGCUGGAAAGAAAAGGCACUGAACACAUACAUUUCAAAAGUCCUUUACAGGAGAGCAGUCUCUGUGGAUCAGUAGAGAAAUCAGAUGUGCAACAGGCUGAUCUUAGCCAGCAACAGUCUCUGGAAGAAAAAAUAAGGCUGGAGAAACAAGUGCAAGAGAAGGAAGAGUUACUUCGAAGGCUCAAACUGGUUAAGAUGUACCGAUCCAAGAACAACCUGUCUGAACUGCAGGCUUUGAUAGCGAAAUGGAGAAGUGGUACCCAGCUGAUGCUGUAUGAGCUGCAGUCAGCCUUUUCAGCAGAUGGCAAGAAAGUGAGUCUCACACAGCUGAUAGAUACUUUUGGAUUAGAAGACCAGUUAUUGCACUACAGCAGAACAGAAGAAGAUUUUGUAGAUGUGUAAUCUGCAAGUUGAAAGCUUUUAACUACCCACAAAAGCAAAAAAGACUGAAUGCUGAUCAUUUAAGAUCUGUUGAUCAGACAAUGGACUUUAUGCUUUGAGGUUAGGCGGUUUUCUCAGGAGAUCCUUGUAAAGCUCAGUGCUUGGAUACAAUAGGCACUGUAAUAGGUGUUACCUAAUGGAAAAGAUUGAGUUGACAUUGUUUGGAAAACUUGACUGUAAUUGAUUAGAAAAUUGCUAUUUAAUGUGAAUUAAAAUGAAAUUAAGUCAUACUUUAACAGGUAGAAGCCAGUCUGUUCUUUGAGUGUUUGUGUGGUUACUUGUCUUGAAAUAAUGAACUCUAAUUGUUGUUUCUGUUGAUGUUCAGAUGGGGCAGAGUUCAGUGCUUUGUUCUUAGUACAUCCUCAUUUUACAAAUGUCUUCCUGCAGUUAAUGGCAGGAUUUUGGCAAGUUAAGUAAAGAUAACUAAUUUUGGUGUUGUUAAUAUUCUGAAGCUGCAAUAGCUUUAAUUAUUACUGAGGGAAAUGUGCUAUAAUGCAAACAUUUUAAGAUACUGGUCCAGACAGAUGUCUUUAGGGUAGAUGUCUCUCAAGCAUUCUGUCACAGCCUGAGCUAAUAGAAGGGAAGGCAAGAAAAUAGCAGCCAGUAUCUGUGUACUCCAUGUUGAGAGUCAAGGUCUUCAAAUAAAUAAGUGUUUCAAAUAAAUAAGAAAAACAAGGCCUUGUCUAAUGGGAAUCCUUCAAAUUCAUCAUCAUAAAGCUCAGUAAAACUUCAACAUUUCAUUUAUCCUCCAAUAAACAUCUCUUUAAAA